CAUCAUGUGUUAACAAUAGAAGUGAAAUCCAGUCACUCCAGGCUACACAGGACAGCGGAGAUGUUCAUCAGCCUCAGGACCUUAUUAAAAUGUAUCUGUUUGCAGAUGCACCUCACCUGUGCACUCAAAUCAUGUCCUACAGUCCCACAAAUGAAUAUAAACUUUUCUGUUACGUACCCUGUCUCUUUCCAAACUGAAAAUGCCAUACAGAACAUAGUUAUUAAUGAAAAUUUUAAUGAGAUGUAUGUGGCCUCCCAAAAUGUGGUUGAAGCCUUGGAUCAAAAUUUCACCGAACUAUGGAAAAAUUAAACCAGGCCAGUUGGCAGUCCAGAAUGUGAAACCUGUCAUUGUGAAAUUGAGAAUGAACCGGGAACUCCACUGGACACAGAUAACCAAGUUCUUGUUUUAGAGCCUCAGGGCUAUUUUGACAUCCUGUACAUCUGUAGGAGCACACAGUAUGGAGUCUGUAACUUCCUUGAGCUUAAUCAAACCAAACCCCUCAGAACCUAAAUGUUUUUUCUUCAUAAAGGAGCCAGCUUGCCCUUAGCUUGUCCUGACUGUGUCGCUAGUCCUCUGGGAACAAAGGUCAGUGCGGUCAGUGAUGGUUUUUCAACAUACUUCUUUACAGCAGCUACCAUCAAUGCCACCAUUGCCGUCUUUGGGAAACAGUCCCUUUCUAUUCGUCGCACACUUACCACAGAAAAUGGUUUUGAUGACGUAGUGAAGGGUCUGACAGUUCUUCCUGAAUUCCAGGAUACAUUUACCAUCGACUACAUCUAUACAUUCUCUCGCCCAGAAUAUGUGUAUUUCUUAUCUGUACAGUGGGAGAACGAAGAAACCAAGCGCAAGGUGCAGACCCAUCUUGGGCGGUUGCCGAUCAAGGACAGCGAGCCUUGGAUGUACAGGGAAAUCGUUCUGGAGUGCGCUUUGAGCCCACGCAGAAGAAGGGGCACGUGGAUUAAGGAUAUAGUGUACAACUCAGUUCAAGCUGCUCAUUUCAGCACGGCAGGCAAGCAGCUGGCUGAUGAGCUAGGAGUGAAGAUGGACAGCCCAAUUCUUUACUGGGUGUUUGCUAAAACGGAUGAAAAGGGGAUUCCUUUUAGAAGAUCUGCCUUGUGUGCAUCAAUAGAUGACGUAAACAGUGGAUUGACAAAGGGGGUAGUGUCCUGCUGUUCAAGUGGGACAGAACGACUCUCUCAGGGAUUGUGCCAUUUUCAGCCCUGUGAGAUGUGCCCAUGAGAAGACCCAGAUGAUUUGGCUUGCAGUGCUGUCCUCACAAUGGUGGCAAAGCCUUACUACAGAGUGGACUUCUUCAAUAGCCGGAUGAAAAAUGCUUUCACUUCUAUUCUGGUGACUACUAUUGAGACCAAGACUGUGGCACACAUCGGCACGGAUGAUGGGAGGCUCUUGCAGGUUAUUCUGAGCAGAUCGUCCCUUGUAGUGUUUGCCAACUACUCUCUUGUAGAAGAAAUGCAGAAAGUGUCAAGAAUAGCUGCCGUUCAUUCUUCCGAGUCUCUGCUCUUUGUCGUUGGAAACAAAGGUCUGAUAAAUGUGUCUCCCAGAGGUCCAGGCUGUGCCCAUUUCCUCAACUGUUCAGUGUGUUUAGCAGCACCCAAGUUUAUGGGAUGUGGCUGGUGUGAUGGAGUCUGUUCCCAGAUGCACCAGUGUCAGGAUCAGUGGAGUAGCAACUCCUGCCCUCCCGUAAUCACCCAGUUUUUCCCCAGCACAGUACCCUUAGAUGGUAAGAGUGAAAUCACUCUUUGCGGCUGGAACUUCCAGUCAGUCCGACCUGCUAUCAUUCAAUCCUCUCAACAGGUUAGCGUGGGAAACAAUAGCUGCACUGUAAUACCAGAAAAAAGCUGUAGCUCCCAGCUGGUGUGUAGGCUUGAUAGUGAGAUGUCGGGCCCAGAGCAAAGUCUUGAUAUAAUAAUACAAGUGGAUGAAAAGAGGGUGGAAAGUGGAUACUUCAUCUCUGGAAUGGCUAGCAUACAAGGCUUAAGUUUUGUGACCCCAGAAAUCACAGAUAUCAGUCCAGGCUUAGGACCUAAGAUUGGAGGAACCCUGAUCACCCUAUCAGGAAAACAUCUGGAUGCUGGUGGAAGCAGAACGGUCAGCCUUGGAGACAGAAUUUGCCCCGUUGAAAGCAUCUCCAGCAAUGGGACGUCUGUUGUUUGUAGGUCUGAAGGUAUUGAGGAGACUUCAGAGGUAGAUGUUAAGGUUUUAAUUGAUGGAUCAACUAUUUCAGCCACAAAAAAGUUCAGAUAUGUGGUGAAUCCUGAGGUGACGAGUGUGAGGCCUAACUGUGGUUUCAAAAGAGGAUCAAAAAUCACUAUCACCGGGCAGAACCUAGACUCUGUUUCCCAAGCCGUAAUUAACUACAAAGGCAACAACACAACACCUGUUCAAACCGUGUGUGUUAGUAACGGGAAUCCCAACCAGAUGGAGUGUAUAAGCCCCGUAUGCGAGGAGUCAAGGGGAAUCCUCUUUGUGGAUCUGGAUGGAGCCAAAGAACUCUUACCUCAGACGUUUACCUGCCAUGCUAAUGGAGAACCCAUCCCGUUUGAAACAGAAGGCCAUGUGCUUGAGCUCAGCCCAGGGCAGGACAAAAAGUCUCACUGCAUGUACCACAAAAAUCUAGCAUUGGUGUCUGACUGCAUGAAAAUCAUUAUGACAAUUAAUGGAGUGGAUUGCAAAACUACUGUUUUGUACAACGAGAUUACCUGCAGGAUCCCCAAAUCUGACUAUCCCAAACCAGGGGCGCCAGUUAAGCUGUUAGUGAAUGGAGAAGAAUAUUACAUUGGUGUAGUAGUAACUACAAACAGCAAUUUUAUUGUGGGCAUGGUGCUGGGCAUCUUGGCUGCAAUUGGUGUGGGGGCAGCUCUGGCCUAUGUAGCCAUGGCACGAGAGCGCAAGAAAAGGAAAUGUAAGUGUCUCAUGCUUGCUCAGGUUCGACUAUCAAUGCAUUCAACACGCAAUGUGGAGAAUUUUGACAGAUCACCUGAUGGUGACUACAGAAGAGACACUGUGUGUCCUGUAGGUCUGCCGGUUUUUCCAUUCCAAGGCUCGAGCACAACAUUCUCCAGUGUGCCGUAUACUGGGUCGAUGGACUCUGCUGCAGCUCCUUUGAUUCAAUCUCAGGCAAUCUCUAUGUCUGCUCUCCGGCCAGAUCUGUUGGAGGAGGUGAAGAAUGUUUUGAUCCCGCAUAAUAAGGUUAAAAUCCAGCAUGACCAAAUCAUUGGCAAAGGCCAUUUUGGAACUGUGUAUCAUGGAUAUCUUACUGAUAGUGAUGAAAAAGAGAUCCACUGUGCUGCCAAAUCACUGAAUAGUAAGAUCACUGAAAUGGAGGAGGUGGAGCAGUUUUUGAGAGAAGGAAUUUUUAUGAAGGCCUUCCACCACCCUCAUGUCCUGUCCCUCUUGGGCAUUGUGCUUCCCAGUGAUGGACUUCCCCUGGUGAUCCUGCCAUACAUGAAACACGGAGACCUUCGGCAUUUUAUCCGCUCUACACAGAGGAAUCCCACAGUGAAGGACCUGGUUGGCUUUGGGCUUCAAGUUGCCAAAGGAAUGGAGUAUCUCGCAAACAAAAAGUUUGUGCACAGAGACCUUGCUGCACGUAACUGCAUGCUGGAUGAGUCAUUUACAGUGAAGGUAGCUGACUUUGGAAUGGCACGUGACGUCUAUGAUAAGGAGUACUACAGCGUCAAGGACAGCAAGAAAGUAAAGCUGCCAGUCAAGUGGAUGGCUUUAGAAAGCCUGCAGACACAGAAGUUCACCACCAAAUCAGAUGUGUGGUCUUUUGGAGUGUUAAUGUGGGAGCUGAUGACGAGAGGGGCCAGUCCGUAUCCUGACGUGGACCCUUAUGACAUUACAACAUAUCUAAUGCAGGGCCGUCGACUGCUACAACCACAAUACUGCUUGGAUUCCCUGUGGUCCAUCAUGCUGCAGUGCUGGAAUCCUGAGCCUGAGAAGAGACCAAGUUUCCCUAGUCUUGUGAAAGUCAUUCAAGACAUAAACUACACCCUAGAGGGGGAACAUUAUGUCAACCUCCAGAUCACCUAUGUGAAUCUGGACCAGCCCCGGCCUUACCCUCCACUUUCUCCGGCGCCACCCGCUCCUGAACAUUCAGACCAGUCCUCCACCUGACCCUGGUCUCAACUGAAAUAAGUCUGAGCUGCUUUUAUCCUGUGGAUUCAGCAGCUCAUAUGGUCCUGUGAAGUGUGAGAACCACAAAGCAUGCACUGAAAAUGAUCUGCUGUAUUUGGAGAAUCCCAAAGUGUGACAAACUGAAUGUAAAGACA